AUGAGGCUCAUACUGCUUCUGCUCUUCUUAGCUGUGGCGACCCACGCAGGUUUGCUGGAUCUUGGCAAAGUCAAAGAAUUCUUCAAAGGAGGAAAUCUCGGCGAAAAAAUUAAAGCCGCAACACUCUCGAAGUUCAAAAAGCUCUUCGAAAAGACUGGCGUUCUUUCACUUGGCAGCAAAUUGACUGAGUUGAGAAGUAAGAUGAUGAAAAAGCUUCAACUAUCGAAUGAAAAGAAAGCAGAAAUUGAUCGCAAGCUCAAGGAAAUUGAGGAGAGACGAGAUGAUACCGUUGAAGACUUGAAAGACACGAUAUUUGAAAUCAAUUCAGGAAAGAACGUCGGCAAAGUUCUUUUCCAGAGUGAUAUCCUACUGACGAAGAGGCAACAAGAAGAAGUAAUGGAAGCCGUCGAAGGAACGUCCGCUCGAUCUAAAAGACAAGCGUUCAGAGAUCAAGCAUAUCCUAACACCACAUGGCAACAAGGAGUCUUCUACCGCUUCGACGAUGGUGUAGACUUCAUUACAAAGCGAAUAUUCGAAAAGGGGGUGAAACAAUGGGAAGAAGCAACAUGCCUCAACUUCACCGAAGAUAAGGACAAAAAAGCUGAAAACAGCAUUGUGCUAAUCAAGGAAGAUGGCUGCUGGUCGUAUGUAGGACGGGUCGGUGGUGAGCAACCUCUCUCACUUGGUGACGGCUGUGAUCAGGUUGGAAUCGCUACACAUGAACUCGGUCACGCGCUUGGGCUCUUCCACACCAUGUCACGAUACGAUCGUGAUGAAUUUAUUACAGUCGUUCUUGAUAAUGUUGUGGAAGUGUUCGUAUAUAAUAACGUGAAAGAGACAAACGAAACCACUACCAACUAUGGAUUUACCUAUGAUUAUGGUAGCAUUAUGCAUUACGGAGCAGCCAGCGCCUCUCACAACAAGAAACCCACAAUGGUAGCCAAUGAUACAAGGUACCAGGAGUCGAUGGGCUCGCAGAUCAUUUCAUUCAUUGAUAAGUCUAUGAUAAACGAUCACUACAAUUGCAAAGCAAAGUGCCCGAAUGCGACCUCAGCGAAGUGUCAAAAUGGAGGAUUCCCUCAUCCACGAAAGUGCUCUGAAUGUAUUUGUCCAAGCGGCUAUGGUGGCACUCUCUGCGACAAGCGACCGCCUGGAUGCGGAGAUACAUUGAAAGCGACAGAGCGCAAGCAGAUCAUCGUCAAAAGACUUGGUUUUGGUGGUGUAAGGGACGAGUUCGAAUUCUGCAACUACUGGAUCGAGGCUGAUGAAGGAAAGAAGAUUGAAAUUACGGUCAAAUCUAUUUCACACGGCUACGCUCAUGACGGCUGCAUUCUAGGAGGCGUGGAAAUCAAGACCACUGACGAUCAAACUCGAACUGGAUACCGAUUCUGCUCACCAACCUAUCGCGACGCAGUGCUUGUUUCGGCCUCAAAUCGCGUGCCCAUAAUCAUGUUCAACAGAGCCGGCCAGCAACAAUUUAUAUUGGAAUACAAAAUCAAGUCAUAA